UUGUUUAUUUUAAAAAUGUCAGUAAUUUGUGUCUUAACUAUUGGCAGCUAUUAUUUGUGUAUUAUUCUGAAGUUUGCAACAAUCAAGCACAACUUCCAAUCGCGUGUAAUUUUUACGUGUCUAUUAAACAGGCCACGUCAAAAUAUUUUAUUUAAUACAAUGGUGGAAAUCGAAUCGAUGACAAGAUAUGUCUCUCCCAUAAACCCUGCAAUUUUUCCAUUAUUAGCAGUGGUAUUACUAGGAAUUGGAAUAUUCUUUACAGCAUGGUUCUUUGUAUAUGAAGUUACUAGUACAAAAUUUACAAGGGACAUGUUCAAAGAGUUGUUAAUUUCUUUAGUAGCAGCAAUAUUUUCUGGUUUUGGUGUGUUGUUUCUACUUCUUUGGGUCGGCAUUUAUGUAUAGGUUAAUCUUUUCAAUAAAACAAACUUUUAAGUCUAUAUAUAUGUAAUAGCAUUUAAAUAAUUGUAUAAUAAUUACAAGUCACAAGAAUAAAAUUAAUGUAUUUUUACUAAAUCAUGCAAUAUGGUUAAUUUAUACAUUUAUCACAUAGUAAGCAUUCAAAUUUUGUAAUAUCUAGAAUUGCUGUUUGAGGUACAUAAGUGAUUUGUAAUAUAAAAAGAAUCAAAAAUCACAUUCCGUUUUUUACAGAUUAUUAAAUAUGCUUAGAAAUAUAAUUUUGUAAAACAAAGAUAUUUAUUCUUAAUAUAAUUGCAUAUAUAUAUAUAUAUAUAUAUAUAUUUUGUUUCUUGUUCACUUUGUAUAUAAAAGUUUCACAUUCAAAUCUUUUCUAAUGAACAAAAUGUGUACAACAUGAAACAAAAAUUAUAUUGUUGUAUACAUAUAUAGUAAUCGAUCCAUCAGAAAUACUCUCUGGAUCCGUGAAGACGAUGCCUUGCAUUUAUAACAUAUUUUUAUCCCUCUAUUUACCGUGGGAUUUAUACACUUUGUUUUUAAUACACUAUUUGUAAUAAAAUAAAAUAUUGAAUGACGCAACUUUA